AAGAGACGAUAGUAUUCUGCAUUCUGUGUGCGACCCCAAGUCUAGAACUUACCAGGUGCUCCAAUGGCUUCAAGCCAGCCUUCCCUCCCCCUCAUCACCCAAUCAAAACCUUUCCUGUAUCAAUAACCGCCCAUUGCUCCUCUUAAUAUAACCGUUGAAUGGAAUCAACUCGAAUCGGUUAUUCAGUUUCUCUGCCAUACUGUCUUGGAUUCCUCUCACAUACUCCUCACCCACCACUCCAAAUUAACCAAACUCCAGCUUGAAUCAAUGGAAGAAAGGACGGUGUUGUUCGGUAAAUAUGAGAUGGGAAGGCUCCUGGGAAAAGGGACCUUCGCCAAAGUAUACUACGGAAGACAAACAGAGUCGAACGAGAGCGUGGCGAUCAAAGUGAUCAGCAAAGAGCAGGUUAAGAAGGAAGGCAUGAUGGAGCAGAUCAAGCGCGAAAUCUCCGCCGCCCGAUUAGUCCGCCACCCUAAUAUUGUCCAACUCAAAGAGGUCAUGGCCACCAAGACUAAAAUCUUCAUCGUCAUGGAGUACGUCAAAGGCGGCGAGCUCUUCGCUAAAGUCGCCAAGGGCAAGCUCAAGGAAGAUCAGGCCCGCAAAUACUUCCAGCAAUUAAUCAGCGCCGUCGAUUUCUGCCACAGCCGCGGAGUCUCCCACCGCGACUUGAAGCCCGAGAAUCUCCUCCUCGACGAAAACGGGGACCUCAAGAUCUCCGACUUCGGCCUCUCCUCUCUGCCUGAGCAGCUCCGAAACGACGGCCUCUUACACACCCAGUGUGGCACCCCUGCUUACGUGGCGCCCGAGGUGCUCAGGAAGAAAGGCUACGAUGGUUCCAGAGCUGAUAUAUGGUCCUGCGGAGUCAUUCUGUUCGUGUUGCUGGCCGGGUUCCUUCCUUUUCAAGACGAGAAUCUGAUGAAGAUGUACAGGAAGGUUUUCAAAGCAGAGUUCGAAUGCCCGCCGUGGUUUUCAACAGAAGCAAAGCGACUCGUCUCCAAGUUGUUAGUCUCCGAUCCGGAGCGCCGAAUAACCAUCCCUGCAAUCAUGCGCGUGCCUUGGUUCCGGAAAGGGUACACGCAGCCCCUUGCCUUUUCGGCCCCUGUUUCUUCUGAUAAGUCCGACGAUGAGUUUGGUUCUACUGCCCCUGCUGCCACUAACGACAAGUCGUCGUCGCCCAACUUCUUCAACGCCUUCCAGUUCAUCUCAUCCAUGUCUUCUGGAUUUGAUUUGUCUAAUUUGUUUGAGAGCGAGAGAAAGGCGGGGACCAUGUUCACCUCCAAGUGCUCGGCAACGGCUAUUAUGGCCAAGAUUGAGCAUGCUGCUAAGUCUUUAAGCUUCAAGGUGGGGGCUGUCAAGGACUUCAAAUUAAGGCUACAAGGCCCGAAUGAAGGCAGGAAAGGGCGGCUUUCGAUGACCGCGGAGGUCUUCUUGGUGGCUCCGGAGGUCGCGGUGGUCGAGUUUUCCAAGUCGGCCGGGGAUACUUUGGAGUUUGCCAAGUUUUGUGAAGAAGAUGUGAGGCCAUCAUUGAAAGACAUUGUUUGGACCUGGCAAGGUGACGGUAACAAAGUCGAUGGUGAAGACUGAAGAUUGAAAACAGUGGAGAACACAGACUACGUAUUUGGGAUUCUGAUGUGUUUUCACUAUACUGUAGUUGUAAAUUCUGUUUUUACAUUUUUGUUUUGGUUUGCUGGAGUAGUAGGACCUCCUAUAUAUAGUUUCUGCUUGAUCGUAUAGCAUGGAUGGAUUUCAAGUAGUAUAUGAUGGAGUUUGAAUACUAAGCUACAGGAAAGGAUGGGAAACAGAGCAAGUUUUACAUAAUUCAGCAUGAUUAGCUCUUCCGGCAUAUGUGAAAGCCUUAUUUCAACUUUGACUAGAGCAGAACUUAGAUUGACAACUGACAAUGUUCUGAUGUUAUAUUUUUGGAAGAAUAGAGUUCCAUAUUAAUUUUCUUGUUGAA